UCACCCGCCGAGGCAGCCGCCGCCCGGGCGCGUUAUACUCGGGCGGGUGGGGCCCGCGGUGUUCCGCGGCUACUGCCCGGAGCGGUCGGUCCCAGGCCACUCCCGGAGGCGCAGGCUCCGGCGGCUGCGACUGAGAAGACGCCCCGAGGGCCUGCAGGCUCCGGGGCCCGGAGGCAGCCGCCUCCCUCGGAUCGCGGGGCCGGCAUGGAGCUCUUCCAAGCCAAGGACCACUACAUCCUGCAGCAGGGCGAGCGCGCGCUGUGGUGCAGCCGCCGCGACGGCGGCCUCGAGCUCCGACCGGCUACUGAUUUACUUCUUGCCUGGAAUCCUAUUUGUUUGGGAUUGGUAGAAGGUGUUAUUGGGAAAAUUCAACUUCAUUCAGAUCUUCCAUGGUGGCUUAUUCUAAUUCGGCAGAAAGCUUCUGUGGGCAAGCUCCCAGGAGAUCAUGAAGUCUGUAAAAUUACCAAAAUUGCUGUGCUAUCACUUUCUGAAAUGGAACCUCAGGAUCUUGAGCUAGAGCUCUGUAAGAAGCAUCAUUUUGGGAUUAACAGACCAGAGAAGAUUAUACCAUCUCCUGAUGAGUCCAAGUUUCUGUUGAAGACCUUUACGAAUAUUAAGUCCAAUGUGUCUGCUCCAAAUAAAAAAAAAGUUAAGGAAAGCAAAGAAAAGGAGAAAUUGGAGAGAAGAUUACUUGAGGAGUUGCUGAAGAUGUUCAUGGACUCAGAAUCCUUUUACUAUAGUUUGACCUAUGACCUGACCAAUUCAGUGCAAAGGCAGAGCACUGGGGAGAAGGAUUGUCGUCCCCUCUGGCAGAAGGUUGAUGAUCGAUUUUUUUGGAAUAAAUAUAUGAUACAAGACCUUACUGAGAUUGGUACACCAGAUGUGGAUUUUUGGAUUAUUCCCCUUAUCCAGGGUUUUGUGCAGAUUGAAGAGCUUGUGGUUAAUUAUAAUGAAUCAUCUGAUGAUGAGAAAAGCAGCCCAGAAACCCCCCCUCAGGAGUCCACCUGUGUAGAUGACAUUCACCCACGAUUUCUAGUAGCUCUUAUCUCACGCCGGAGUAGGCACAGAGCAGGAAUGCGCUAUAAAAGAAGAGGAGUAGAUAAAAAUGGAAAUGUUGCAAAUUAUGUGGAAACUGAGCAGUUAAUUCAUGUUCAUAAUCAUACAUUGUCCUUUAUUCAAACACGAGGUUCUGUGCCUGUCUUUUGGAGCCAGGUUGGGUAUCGAUAUAAUCCAAGACCUCGGCUGGACAAAAGUGAAAAGGAAACUGUUGCCUAUUUCUGUGCUCAUUUCGAAGAACAACUGAAAAUUUACAAAAAACAGGUUAUUAUUAACUUGGUAAACCAGACAGGAAGAGAGAAAAUUAUUGGUGAUGCUUACCUGAAACAAGUGCUGCUCUUUAACAGCUCUCACCUCACUUACGUUUCCUUUGACUUCCAUGAACACUGCCGAGGAAGAAAGUUUGAGAAUGUUCAAACCCUAACAGAUGCCAUCUAUGACAUUAUUCUUGACAUGAAGUGGUGUUGGGUUGAUCAAGCUGGGGUGAUAUGUAAACAAGAAGGAAUAUUUAGAGUUAAUUGCAUGGAUUGCCUGGAUCGUACAAAUGUAGUGCAAGCUGCCAUUGCACGAGUGGUCAUGGAACAGCAGCUGAAAAAAUUAGGUGUGAUGCCCCCAGAGCAGCCACUGCCUGUGAAAUGUAAUCGGAUCUACCAGAUAAUGUGGGCAAACAAUGGUGAUUCCAUUAGCAGACAGUAUGCUGGGACAGCCGCUCUGAAGGGUGACUUUACAAGGACAGGAGAAAGGAAGUUAGCAGGAGUUAUGAAAGAUGGCGUGAACUCAGCAAAUAGAUAUUACCUCAAUCAGUUUAAGGAUGCUUAUAGGCAAGCUGUUAUAGAUUUGAUGCAAGGCAUUCCAGUGACAGAAGAUCUUUAUUCCAUAUUUAACAAGGAGAAAGAGCAUGAAGCUUUGCAUAAGGAAAGCCAGAGAAGCCACCAAGAAUUGAUUAGUCAGCUUCUGCAAAGCUACAUGAAGUUACUACUGCCUGAUGAUGAAAAAUUCCAUGGGGGCUGGGCCCUUAUUGAUUGUGAUCCCAGCCUCAUUGAUGCUACGCAUAGAGAUGUGGAUGUGCUGUUACUGCUUUCUAACUCUGCCUACUACGUAGCCUAUUAUGAUGAUGAAGUGGAUAAAGUAAACCAGUAUCAACGACUAAGUCUAGAAAACCUGGAAAAAAUAGAAAUAGGUCCUGAACCCACUCUUUUUGGUAAGCCAAAGUUUUCCUGCAUGCGAUUGCACUACAGAUAUAAAGAAACAAGUGGUUAUUUCCACACACUAAGAGCUGUACCACGUAAUCCAGAAGAAGAUGGAAAAGACACCCUUCAGUGCAUUGCAGAGAUGUUGCAGAUCACUAAGCAAGCUGUGGGACUGGAUGUGCCCAUAAUCGAGAGAAAACUGGAGAGGAAGAGCAGUAAACCUCAUGAAGAAAUCAUUGGUAUCAGAUCUCAAAACCAAGGCUCUUUGGCCCAGGGGAAGAAUUUUUUAAUAAGCAAAUUUUCCUCUCUAAAUCAAAAAGUGAAACAGACCAAAUCCAAUGUGAAUAUUGGCAGCCUACGAAAGUUAGGAAACUUUACAAAACCUGAAAUGAAAGUUAAUUUUCUAAAACCAAAUUUAAAGGUUAAUCUUUGGAAAUCAGAUAGUAGUCUUGAGACUAUAGAAAACUCAGGCGUGAUGGAUAAGGCCCAGGGAGAGUCUGAAGAGGAUGCGUCUUCAGAUGACUCAUACCACUCUGAUGAAUUCCUUACCAAUUCCAAGUCGGACGAAGACAAGCAGCUAGCCAAUUCUUUGGAGAGUGUAGGGCAAAUAGAUUAUGUUCUUCCUAGUUGUGGUAUUAUUGCUUCCGUGCCUCGAUUAGGCAGUCGAUCACAGUCUGUUAGCAGCUCUGAUGUUAGCAUUCAUGCUCCUUCAGAAGUUACUGUUGCUUAUGGAAGUGGACUUGGAAGAGGUCAGGAGUCUCCUUUGAGCAAGAGUCCUUCUGCUGACAACAUACACACUGGCUUCACAAAGCCUAUGGAUAUUUACUGCCACAGGUUUGUCCAAGAUGCACAAAACAAAAUGACUGAACUGUUAGAGGCCAGUUCUGUGUCUCAGCAAGCUAGUGAGGAAGGAAAUCAAAUGACCAGUCAAGUUUCUAAUGAAGAAACUCAAUCAGAAUCAACAGGACAGACACCUUCUCGGCCAUCUCAUUUAGAUGUGUCUUCUGAGACAGGCCCCCAGUUUUUGUCAGUUGAACCAGUUCAUUCAGUUUUCUCUCAAAAGACCCCCAGUUCUGGUCUCAGCAUGGAACUUGAGGCAGGGCUUCGUGUAACGCCUUCCCCUUCUGAGAGCAGUAGCAGCAGAGCAGUCUCUCCCUUCGCAAAGAUUCGCAGCUCCAUGGUCCAGGUUGCUAGUAUUACCCAAGCUGGAUUAACCCAUGGGAUAAACCUGGCAGUAGCAAAAGUUCAGAAGAGUCCUGCAGAACCCGAAGGAGUUAAUAAAGUCCAACAAAAUGAACUUAAAAAUAUGUUUACACAAUGCCAGACACGAAUAAUCCAGAUUUAGAUUUUAACCACAGUAUCUUGUGGAUUUUAUUUGAAAAUUCUAAAUUUUCAAUUAGGCUAUUUUAACUUUUACUGUUUGAAUCUAGGGGAUCACUAAUUCUGGUUAUUGGGAAUGGUUUUUAAAGGAGUCUGAACUUCAGCAGAUUUCAGAUUUGAGAGCCAAGACUCCAGAACGUGUCAUCCUAGAUUGUGCAGUCCUGAGUAGCGCAUACACUACAGAACUAGAGCAAUUCAUUAUUUGAAAGUAAUUCAGGAAAAGAUCAUUUUGGUACAGUCUUUUUUUUUUUUUUUUUUGAUGGAGUGUAAAAUAUAGGUAGUAGGGUCCCAUUUGAGUAGGAUUUUUGUCAGUUCAUCCCUAUUUAUUCUACAAAGUAAGCCAUUUAGUUUUUAGUGAAUUUAGUAUGAGAAGCAUAUCAAUAUAAAACAUUUGUUUUGAUGGCUAAACAUUCCCUGUGAAGAGUUGAGGGUUACUAUGAGAGUUCAGGGUUAAAAAAAUCAUUUGAUCCUAACUUUCCCCAUAUUCUACUUGAAUAGAUUAUCUUGCUGCUUAUGGUCUUCAAAACUGAGGUGCACUGACUUGCCUGUCAUAAAGUAAACCCAGUACAUCAAAUGUAUCUGGCUGUACCUAAUUCAUAUUGCUCUUUAAAAAAAAUGUAUUGGCUACUAGAAAUUGUGGAAGUCUUCAAGUCUUAACUUUUGCAGGAGGACGUUCCUCAGCGUCUUGGGCACGCUAACCCAGCUACUGAAGAUUUAGUUUGAGACACUGUUGUAUGAAAAUAGGUUCUACGAUGCUCCUAACCAGAGCCAGAGCUUCCUGUACGCCCAACCCACGCAGGAGGAAAGCUGUACAGCACAGUCCACCAACUGUUGGUUUCUUUGGUAUUUUUUAGAGCCUUAACUCUGUCGAAGUGAUUCUCGGGUGAACGUUAUGUCUGUUGUUAACUCUGAUAAGCAUUCCGUUUUUUGUUAUUUAUUAGUGGUAUUUUUUUGAAGUGUCAAAUCUUGUGACUAUUAAAGUACCAGUAAUUUAAAGUGA